GUAGCCCGCCUUUUAAAAUCAGGCGCUUCCCGACCCCCGCCUAGUUCUUAAAGUCCGCGGCUCUCUAUUCUCGACUCGGAUACCCACACCAUGUGCGCUGCUCAGCUCUCGGCGGCCGCCCUUGCGGCGGCGGCCCCGCGCACGGUGUACGCCUUCUCUGCGCGCCCUCUGGCCGGCGGGGAGCCCUUCCACCUGGCCUCCCUGCGAGGCAAGGUGCUGCUCAUUGAGAACGUAGCAUCGCUCUGAGGCACAACGGUGCGGGACUACACCCAGAUGAAUGACCUGCAGCGGCGCCUCGGACCCCGGGGACUGGUCGUGCUCGGCUUCCCGUGCAACCAGUUUGGGCAUCAGGAAAACGCCAAGAACGAGGAGAUCCUGAAUUGCCUGAAGUACGUCCGACCAGGCGGCGGGUUCGAGCCCAAUUUCAUGCUCUUCGAGAAGUGCGAGGUGAAUGGCGAGAAGGCGCAUCCGCUCUUCGCCUUCCUUCGGGAGGCUCUGCCUACGCCUAGUGACGACGCCACUGCUCUCAUGACCGACCCUAAGUUCAUCACCUGGUCCCCGGUGUGCCGCAACGACGUCUCCUGGAACUUCGAGAAGUUCCUGGUGGGCCCAGACGGUGUGCCCGUGCGCAGGUACAGCCGCCGGUUUCUGACGAUCGACAUCGAGCCUGACAUCGAAACCCUGCUGUCCCAGGGGGCCUCUGCCUAGGGUGCCCCUCCUACCCUUGCUGCUUGGCGGUCAGCGCUGCUCUCCGGGGAUUUUACCAAUGAAGGUGUUCCCUCUAAACCUAGUGGAGGAAUGCCUGAUGUCCAGGAAAAUCCCCUGAGUUGGGCACUGGUCCUGUCUCCCAGCUUCCCCUUUCCUAGACCACAGCUCCUCAUCAAUAAAGUGCCAAAUAUGAGCAGAA